AUGAGCAUGGAUCAACUGCAUCCAGAUGCCCAGAUCAAUGUGGAGUUCCGAGGGAAUGAGUCUCCCAAACACAAAGAUAAACACAACAAUCCAGGACAUCGACACAAAAAGCACAAGAAGAACAAGAAAAAAGAUCAGGAAAAGUCCAAGCAUAGUAAAAGGGAGCCCAAAGAUUCCUCAGAGAAGAAACAUAGGCGAAAGGAGAAAACCCAACACAGAAGUGGCAGGUCAGAGACACACCCAGACACAACCAAAGACAGAACCAAGGAGAAAGGAAAGGAAGAAAAGGGAAGACCCUCUGGAGAUGCCAAAAUGAAGAAGGAGAAUGAAAAUGGUUCCUCUAGUCCACCUAGUAUUACAGAUGCACCAGAUGGUCCUGCUUCUCCUCAAGAAGCUCUCAAGCUUUUAAAGAGACCUCGAGAAGAUGAGGAUGCCGCUUAUAAGGCCAAGAAAAGAAAAACAGACAACCUCAAAAAGGUGAGGGAGCUGAAACCAGAGGGAGUGGAAGACACCAAAGCCAAAGCAAUGAACCAAGAUGAGAAAUUUCCUGAACCAGGUGACAAGUUGAAGCAGCCCAAGGAAGAGGAGGAGCAGAAAUGGAGAUGGUGGGAAGAGGAGCGCUAUUCUGAAGGCAUCAAGUGGAAAUUCCUGGAACAUAAAGGUCCUGUGCUGGCUCUACCUUAUGAGCCUCUGCCAGAAAAUGUCAAGUUCUACUAUGACGGCAAAGCCAUGAGGCUGAGUCCCAAGGCAGAAGAAGUGGCUACAUUCUUUGCCAAAAUGCUUGAUCAUGAGUACACUGCUAAGGCUAUCUUUAGGGACAAUUUCUUCAAGGACUGGAGAAAGGAAAUGACAAAGGAAGAGAAAAAUACCAUUACCAGUCUUAGCAAGUGUGACUUCACCCAGAUAAGCCAGUAUUUCAAAGCCCAAUCAGAAGCAAAGAAACAAUUGAGCAAGGAAGAGAAACUGAAGAUCAAAGAGGAAAAUGAAAGGCUCUUGCAAGAGUUUGGUUUCUGUGUGAUGGACAAUCACAGAGAGAGAAUUGCCAACUUCAAGAUUGAGCCUCCAGGUCUUUUCCGGGGCCGUGGCAACCAUCCCAAAAUGGGAAAGGUGAAAAGGAGGAUUAUGCCUGAAGACAUCAUUAUCAACUGUAGCCAAGAUGCCAGGGUUCCUCCUCCUCCCCCUGGACACAGAUGGAAAGAAGUUCGACACGAUAACAAGGUUACCUGGCUGGUCUCCUGGACUGAGAAUAUCCAAGGGUCCAUCAAGUAUAUCAUGCUGAACCCCAGCUCACGAAUCAAAGGGGAGAAGGAUUGGCAGAAGUAUGAGACAGCCAGAAGACUGAAGAAGUGUAUAGACCGGAUCCGGAAGCAAUACAGGGAAGACUGGAAGUCCAAGGAAAUGAAAGUCCGCCAGAGGGCUGUAGCAUUAUACUUUAUUGACAGGCUUGCUCUGAGAGCUGGCAAUGAGAAGGAAGAAGGGGAGACAGCUGAUACUGUGGGCUGCUGUUCCCUCCGGGUAGAGCACAUUACCUUGCAUCCAGAAAUGGAUGACCAAGAAUACCUCGUGGAGUUUGACUUCCUAGGGAAGGAUUCCAUAAGAUACUACAACAAGGUCCCCGUGGAGAAAAGGGUUUUUAAGAACCUCCGGCUCUUUCUGGAGAACAAACAGCCUGGGGAUGAUCUUUUUGACAGACUGAAUACCAGCAUUCUCAACAAACACCUUCAAGAGCUCAUGGCUGGCUUGACUGCCAAGGUCUUCCGCACGUACAAUGCCUCCAUCACCCUCCAGCAGCAGCUAAAGGAGCUCACUGUUCCCAACGAAAGCAUCCCAGCAAAGGUCCUGUCUUAUAACCGUGCCAACAGAGCUGUUGCACUCCUGUGUAACCAUCAGAGGACACCGCCAAAGACUUUUGAGAAGUCCAUGCUGAACCUCCAGACUAAGAUUGAGGCCAAGAAGGACCAGCUAGCUGAAGCCCAAAGGGAUCUGAAAAGUGCCAAAGCUGAGGCCAAGCUCCUAAAAGAUGCCAAGUCAGAAAACGUGCUAGAGGCUAAGAAGAAGGCUGUGCAGAGGCUGGAGGAGCAGUUGAGGAAACUGGAGCUUCAGGCCACAGACAGGCAGGAGAACAAACAGAUUGCCUUGGGAACCUCCAAACUCAACUAUUUAGAUCCCAGGAUCUCAGUUGCUUGGUGUAAGAAGUGGGGGAUCCCAAUUGAGAAAAUCUAUAACAAAGCCCAGCGAGAAAAGUUUGCCUGGGCCAUUCACAUGGCUGAUGAACACUAUGAAUUUUAG